AAUCAUUCUAUACCACUGAGGAAAUGAGAUCAGCCCGUCUCCCUUCACUUCGAGAUUUUUUCAAACAUUAACGGAAAACUGGUUUUCCUUAACGAAUUAGUAAACUUUGCAAAUGCUCACUUUGACAUUUCACUGCUUAUAAUGUCAAGAAAAUUGCAGAGCAAUGAAAUAAGUGUACACCAUGCGAAGGAGGAAGGUGUCGUCUGAGUGGCUGUAGUAAGUAAGCAGUCUGUUAGCUACAAAGCUAGGCUAGUGAAGCACGAGAUAUUUCCCCCCUCCUUUUUAUUCAGUUUACUGAAAUAUUGACAAAUAUGUAGAAAUCAAACGCAAGGCUUUGUGCUCGUUUUAAGUGUUGAAUAUUAACUUAGCCCGUGCAUUGUACACUGGAGUAUUCGUAUUUGCUUGGUGGUGGAUGUGGGCUUGACCUAAAGGCAGUUGAGAUGCAAAUCAUAAUGUGAAUUUGAAAGGUGGGUUUGAUACUUAAUGUUUACUUAUUAGAUACUGGAGAUAACAGCAGCACAUGUGCAUGGUCCUCCUCCUCUCCACCCUUAGAGUCCAUCUGUAUUUUCUCCUCUCUAAACCAGUCUUUUAACUCUUUAAAAGCCCUGACCAUAUUGCAGAUUUUGAUCUCUAUGUGACUGUUUUCUUUAAUUUGGUUGAAGUCUGUCACUUUGCUGCCCCUUGUGGAUUCUGACACCUUGUGCUGUCAUAACACUUUUCGUCUACUUUCCUCCAUCGACAUUAAAAGUUUUGUGCUCCCCAUAUAAACUCUAAGAAAUGUUUAAAAAUAGACUUCACUUUGUUUUACCAGAGUAAUGGUUUUGUCAACAUGACGAGAUAAACUCACUACAGUGUACUAGAUGUGCCAUGACCUCCUAAUUGAUUUGAUUUGUGUGUGUGAUCAGGCUUAUUCUCAGCAUGACCUUCGCUUUGAAGAAAUAAUAACUUGUUAAGGGGUUUUGACCAAUCAGAAACCAGUAUUUGACACGGUUGAGUGAUAAGCCUUGUUCUUAGGAAGUUGCGGUAAUAUGACCAGAGAAACAGUCUGUACACAGAUAUGUGCGUGUUUUCAUACUGUCAUGUUACUGACUUUUCAGAGGGUCCUGACUUCACAGAGGAGGGAAACUAACUGAAGCAUGGAUCCACUUCUCUGGGACGCCAUUCAAAGCCUGCGGAGCGGGAGAAACCUACAAAGUGGUCUCAACAGCAGCAAAAACGAGACUUCAGAAACAAAUGAUAACCAGAACUCCUCUUGUGAGUUCUCUAGAUACACAGUUGACAGACCUCAAAGCAGUGCUGAAGUAAGUGAAAGGUGGGAGGGACCCAGUUCUACAUCAUAUGACUUUUCUGACAAAGAAUCAGAAGCUGAGGACCCAGAUGGAGAACCACUGGUUGUGGAAGAAUUGGAUCCAGAGCUGGCAAGAAAGUGCAAAGAACUUAGAGAAAUAGAGGAGCGGAUAAAACAAAAGAAAGUUUUUAUAGCUCUGAAAAAAGUUGUGAAGACGUCCACUCUAGCCUCUACCACAAAUGGAGAAUUAGACGGAUGCGGAAGUCCAACUCUUAAAGACAGGGUGAAUGCAAUUUUGCAGCAACGACAUUCAUUUGUUGCUCUGCUAAAGGUGAGCAAUUGAUAUCUGACAAUUGGGCAUCUAGACGAUAAGCUGAAGUUAAAAUUGGAAAGUUCAGAUCGUGCACCAUAUUCUUUACUGCCUUCACUUUUGCCUUUCAGAACCACUCACCUCAAGAGAGGCUUAAGUCAUCCAGUCUGAGCAAGCAGCAGGACGACCAUCCCUUGAAGCUCAGAGUGAAGGCACUGUUGAGGCAGAAAAUGGAUGAUCCCUUCGUUUUUUCAGCAUACAGAGAGGUUUGUGUUAUAUUUUUCCUUAUUUUGUGUUUGUAUUCCAAAAUUUUUGUAUUCUGCAACUGUGUUUUUUGUGCAGGCCCUCUGGAUUUUGAAAUGUCAGCAUACACUUAUUGGGGGGUACACACUAUCCAAAAUUGUCAUAAAUAUAACAUGGACAAUUACGUAUCCGUUGUCACUUAUCUGACCUGACACCUACUCUCCUGUCAGCAGUUCCAAACACAAACAUUAUAGAAUAAUUUCUAAUACAGAAAUUGUCAGUCAUGUUGCCAGUGGUCUUGUUUGCUUUUGCAGCUCAUUGACUGGCAUCUGUUUUCCUACUGGUGAAAAACUCCUCACAUGGCUUUAGACUGUGAAAUACCAAGUCUUCGCUUGGUAGAAGGAAGGAAGUAAAAGAAACACUCAAAGAUUUGAUGCUCUUUACAGACAGUUGUAGUAUAGACUCUAGCAGACUUUAUUAUAUUAAAAACUGUGUUAUUUAUAUAGCCCCUUUGAAAUCAAGGGUUUACAAAGCAGAGUCAGAAACAAUAGAAAGGGACAAAGAAUAUCAAAUGAUAUUAAUUUAAAGAUAAAAACAACUGAUGGCAUAAAAGGUAAUAAAAAAAAAACAAAGCAACAAAAACAGUAUUAAUAAGAGGACAGCAUCACCUAAAAGCAACUUCAUAAAAGUGGGUUGCAUGGAUAUAUGUCUAUACAUAUCUAUCUAUCAUAUUUAAGAUUCCUCAAAGUAGCCACCCUUUGCUUUUUUGAUAGCGCUGCAAACUGCAAACUGAAAUGGUACAAAAAAGUACAAAAUUCCACGUGUUUAUUCAUAGUUUUGAUGCCUUCAGUGACAAUCUACAAUUUAAAUAGUUAUGAGAAUAAAGAAAAUGCAUUGAAUGAGAAGGCGUGGCCACACUUUUGGCCUGUACUGUAUACAUAUAUAAAUUAAAAAAAAAAAAAAAAAAAAAAAAAAAAUAUAUAUAUAUAUAUAUAUAUAUAUAUAUAUAAAAUGCAUGAUACCCCUCUUUAAAAUCAAUUCUAAAACUAACAGGAAGCCAGUGUGUGGAGGCUAAAAUGGAAGUGAUGUGAUAUUGUCUGUUAAAACUAGUGAGAACCCUAGCUGCUGCACUAGCUGGACACAUGAGAGUGUUAUCGAAUAAAUUCCAGUGAGGAGUGAGUUGCAGUAGUAAAAUCUGGAGAAGAUGAGUAUUUGUAUUUUUCAAGGUCCAAGUGAGAGAGAAUAGGUUUUAUCUUGGAGAUGGUUGGUAAGUUCGUGAAACAGGACUUUACAACUUUUUUAUGAGCAAGUCAAAGGACAGAUUCAGUCAAAUAUGACUCCCGAGUUUCUUACUCAAGGUUUGAUGUUGAACAAUAUUAUUUUUGAUUUUAAGGGAUUUAUUUGAAGAAAAUUCUGAGCCAUCCAAGAGUUUACAUUUGGUAUAAACACUAAACAAGGUUCUACAUAUUUUUUUUUUAUUCCCCCAGAUCCCUGAAAUCACUCCACCUCCUCCAGCUCAAAGAGAAACAGUUCAGGAAGCAAACAAUAUCGACCUAGGUUUCCAGCGCUUCCUCAGUGUGCUCAAUAAAGGAGUGGAUAUCAACAUACUCAGUAAGAUUGUCAAUUCUGAUGGUGAGGAUCCUCAUGUAAGUGACAAGGUCCCUGACAUUCAGCACCCUGCUUCGAAGGGGAAGGUAGAUCCACCUUUCAGAAGUGUGAGUCAGGGAGUAGAUACACCUGCCAGGAGCAAGAGCCAAAGGUCAAAUAGUGGAGCCUCUCUGUCAUGCCACAGUCACACCAGCAGUGUAGAGAGGAAGACAAGUCCACACAGCCGAGAGAGAUCCCUCAGUGAGAGAUUCUCCCUCCCUGAUGACAUGAAGGAGAGGAAGGACAGAGGGGACCGCUGCAUGGCUUCUAGUGGAGUCUGCCAGUCGGGCCACAUUGUCACCAGCAGUGCAGAGAAGAGGAUCAAACCACUCAGUCGAGAGAGGUCUCUCACUGAGAGAUUCUCACUAUCUAAUGAUGAGCAGAAGAAGAAAGCAGACAGCUGCUUUGCCUCAAGUAGUCGAUCAAAGUCUCCCCCUGCAGUGAAGAGGAAAAAGAAAAGAGAAGAAAUACCAAAGCUGGAUAAACACCAAGAACAACUCCAGAACAUCCUCAAAACUUUGGGGUUGAGUCUAGGAGCGGAGGAGAUGAGCAAUCUAGCUGACCGAACUCAGGAGAGGUUAUACGGGAAGAGGAGGGCAAAGAGCCCAGAGGAGCAGGAGACUCAGCAGAGUAGCUCUAGCAGACAUUACAGAAACUCCUCUUCUUCUUCCUCUUCCUCCUCGUCAGGGUCAACAUCCAGAAGCUCGAGUCCCUCUCCCCAUCAGUCCUCUGACAGUGUAGGUUAUAAACAAAGGCGAAGGUCGAGAGACAGAAGCAGAAAAAGACUGAGAAACCAUAAGAGCAAAGAGGACAGUCCAAAAGGAAAGAGACACCGGGAUCGAGACAAAGAAGGAGAACACUCAAAGGAAUCUUUAACCCACGAAAACCCACCUUCACAUCAACCAUUCCCAACUUAUCCACUCCAGGACCCAGGGGGUACUCCUGGACUUAUGGGUUCUAAUUACUCCUGGUACCCUGGAUAUGGGGACUACCACCACAGCAACUCUUAUGAAGCUGCUACAAAUUCUUAUUGGAUGUAUCACCGAGAUGCACAUCCGCCCCCUUUUUAUCAAAGCGUGCACCCCUAUCGCCAGGAGCCCUUCCGUUACUUUCCAGAGCCACAAAACAUUUAUUUAGAUGCAAAUCCAGAUCUGUCUAAAAGUGAAGGGCAGGUUGGGCCGACGUCUCGCACUCGCUGCCUACAUGUUGUCCCCACUCAGACAACCUCUGAGAAAAAAAAAAAAGCCAUAGACGAAAAAUUUCGUUUAUGGCUAAAAGAAAAACAGAUGGAAUGGUCUGCCAUGAGGGAGGCCACUGAGGGAAAAACGCAGACAGAGGAGGAAAAGAAAGAGGCUUUACAUGGUGAUGAAGAUGAUUCUACAAGCGAGCAGUCAGAGGAGGAAAAACAGACACCCACAGAAGAGGAAAUAAAGAUAAACCUGAGGAAAAUGGUGAGUGGACAUCUGUCAAAUCUGAGAAAAUUAGGGGAAGGAAUUAUUUAGUGACUGUUAUCAUUUGCUUGUUACAGUUAAAACCAACUUAAACUUGAUAUUUUAGUACUUGAGAAACGUUGUGUCUUCUGGCCCAAAUAUUCAAGUGGUUCAGUUUUUAAAACUGCCACAAUGAAACAAACUUUGUUUAACUGAUGUAAAAGAAAAAAGGUUAAGUGCAGGUUACAGAUUUUUUUUUUUUUUUGUGCUUUAGAAAAUUCAACAAAAUUAAUAAAAGGUUUUCUGUUGUCUUUUUUUUUCAGAAUGAUCUUAUUACAUAAAACACCAUAACACUGAGUUAGACACCCCCUCGAGAGAUGGAUGUUGCCGACCGCUUGCUUCUCUAGUUAUACCAACUUUAGUAACGACCGCACGAUAGCAAUACACAGAGGUCUGAGGAGCCAUAAACAAACCUCGACCAAAACUCUCUAGCCACAAAUAAUGCUCAGAACAGCACAUAACUUCAUCAACAGUACAUAUAGGGUCCCAGCCAUAGUACUAGCCACCAAACAUCUUUUUAACUUUGCCUAAUUUUUUCAGCAAAGACUAAACUCAACUCACCUACUCUCUUCCAGCAGCUGCUUGUUUGUAGCGAGACCUCGGGCCAGUCCAUUACGGACUGCUUCGGGGUGACGCAGCUCAAGGAGGAACAUUUAUGAUUAUUUCUUUAUUAUUAAUAAUCACUAUAUUAAUCAUUUUGCACUGCACACACAGUCUGAUUGCAUUUCCAUGAAGAAAUGAUCAUAAAUCCUUGGGGGGAGGGGGGGCUUGUAGCACAUGGUCGUGACCGAACCAAUAACCGCUUCGGGGACCAUGGCCCUGAUACAUGGGGCACGCUAACCUGCUCAACCCUCAUUAAAUAACAUUUUGAUAAAGAACAGACUUUCUUCAUCUUGAUGAACUGGAUCACAAACUUCCCUGACUGCCUUUAAUUAUGUAAAAUGAAACUAAAAUUAGAAUUUACAGCUGAAUUCUGUCACAUUUAUAGUCCAGCUCUCUGUUUUAAUCAUUUAUACUUGAGGAUGUUUUAUGUCUAUAUAAAGGUUUACACUUGGUCGUAUUAACAACUUCUUUUUUCCUCAAGCUGGCGGUGUUUAACCAGAAACCAAAGAAGACUGUCCUACAGCCAUGCAACUCUGUAACCUGUGAGACCGAAUGAAGUGAGUAAAAUCAGUCAUGUGUUAAACAAAGUGUGACUGAAACUACACUAUUAUUAGAGUAAAGUUAUCAUUACCAAGCUCUUUUGGUGUUUUAUUAUCUCCGUUGUAAAUUUUUUUUAUUUGUCUGUGUUGCAGCCCUCAAAUUUACAACAAGCAUAUAUUUUUCACAAGAUCAUCAAACUUUUCCAUUUAAACAUUUAACAUUUCUUUGUGCUGUUUUCAAUCAUAUAUAAAUAUAUAUAUUUAUAUAGAUAUUCUGCAGGAUUUCAACCUUACAUCAAUGUUUUGAUGGGGGCUGCACUUUUUCAGAAGUGGAAAAAGUGAAACUUCAUAGAUGCUGUGCAUGAUCCUCAUUGAAGUACAGCUUGUUUUCUUUACUCCUGAGACUCACUUUCCAAACACCGACUAUCAAACAUCGACUGAAUUUAUUCUUAAAAAAAAAUAUUUCAGUUUUUUAUUUACUCCUAUCAAAUGAAUGUUUAUCUCACUUCUUUACGGACUGACCGGUUUUGUUUAAUGUUUUUGAGUAUUCAUCCAUGUCCCACUGUGCUGUAAUGCAUCUGUUCCUCUUAUAAUACCUGAUAACAUCUUCUAAAUCAAUGUGAAUGAAACAGGUUUUUGCUCUAACAUCUAAGUAAACAGGUGGUUGAUAAAAACAUGAAGCUGCUUUGAGUAGCAGUCACUUAUAUCUUCUUUUUUAUUCCCACAGAUCCGUGGAGUGGUAUCAGUAUAAUUUCAUCUGAACCCACUGUGAGCCCUGACGGAGCGUGUGGACCUUCUGUUUUUACAUCCCUCAUUCUUAGUUAUUGUUUCUAGUUUGACAAGACCAUUUAGUGAUCCAGUUACAUUUCUGUUUUCUUACCGUCACUUUGAAGGUUUGGAGGAAAUUGUCAUCAGGAGAUAUAUUUUUGUGCAGUCAAAAGACAAUUUGUGUUAGGACAGGUUUCACCCUGUUCGCGUUUUAGUGAGUUCUUCUGCUGUUUGACUCCGAAUCUGUUCUGUCCUUUUUACUUUUUCAAAAUGACCAGUAAUAAAUAUUUUGUAGGAUCUGUAUCUCUAUAUUUUCCAUCAGAAAGAGUUGGUCCUGUAAAGUGUUAAGGUUCUGGUAUUUUUGGACUUUACCCACUGCUGAAGUCUGUUUUUUUCUGUGCCGAGUUAAGAAGUCUUGAUAAGAAAAGCUUGUGUGAAUUAUUUUUGUCAUAGUGAACUUUGGAAAACUCUGGAAUCUGUCCUUCUGAUUUUGACUUUUGAUCCAGUGACUCUUAAAGGUCAGAAACCUCAUGUAUGACAAUACUGAAUACCUCAAGCAUGAAUGACCUGCCUUAAUUUCUUAAAUCAUCAAUUAAAAAAAGCAGGACUGGA